AUGGACUUCGAAAAUGAUUCGUUCGUCGACGCCUUCGCUGUCGUUUACCUAGAAUUAGAUGAUCGUGCACCUCCCACGGCUUACUUUCGUGAGGCCAUUUCAUCAAUAGUUAUAAAAGCGAUUCACUCAAUCCUUGCCACCCUUUCUCGUCAUCGCGGACGUGAAAUAUUGGCGCCAGAAACUAUCCUGACUAAGUACUUUAUUUCGUGCAUUGCUCGCCUGUGCCAUGAACGAAAGCAUGUAAAGGGCAUCUGUUUUGAAACGUUAUUUGAUAUAAUCGGCGACUUCUUGACCAGCUACCUCUCAUUUGUUAGUCGAGGAGCCUUUUCUUUUUCAUCCGGUCUUUACACACAAUGUGAGUCGUCAGAGUUACAGAGCGAGUCAUGUCAAUCUCCACUAUUGUUUCUCCUCAUUGACUCUCUACAUUCGAAUUCUUCGGUCAUUGAUUCUACGUGUGCACUCAUCGGUGAUAAACCGGAGAAGUCAGAUUGUUUACUCCCGCAUUUAAACUAUGCCGAUAUCUCCGCCGCUUUUGAGGAGCUUGGUUUACGUUUACUCAGGGAGGCAGACUUCGAAUCGGGUCCUGUGCCUUUGGUUAUGAGUCAGCUACUUUACGAUCUCCGCUCAAAAGUCCGUGACACCUCCAUCGAUGAUAAGAAUCUUAUGGACUACUUAUUGUGUCUGGAGUAUUUGUCUAGCGUUGUUGUCCAAGGAAACAAGCGCCCAAUCGCCAAUUUGAUUGUCCGACUUUCGAACUGGUCGUCGUCCACAAGUGAUUUGGAUAAUGGUCGUGGAAAGGCUAUCGAACGAUUAACAUUUUUGGGACCCUUCCUGGCACCCUCAUUAUUUGCCGAUGAUGAUACUAGUGUUGCGAUACACAGUUUUCCUAAUGGUGAAUCGUCGGACACCGAAGUACAGGCGAAUCAGCAGGGUUUGCGUUUUCUUCUGGAUAUGAUCUGGGCCAAGCAACUGACAAUAGUGAAGAAUUUAUUGGUGCCCAUGGCUACACGUUCGCAUACUUUGAGCUUUCUUUCGGAUGCCUUACGUUUGAACGCGAUCAGAGGGCAAAUCCACUUUGAAGAGGGGUUGCUGGCUAGAGAAGGCUUUAUGCUUAAUCUCUCUGUAGUUUUCCUGCGUCUUUGUGCACCUGUGAAUCAGGUUCAAGUUGGAACUCUUUAUCUCUUUUCUCCACACUGCCGCCUUUUGGUAGAGGGAAAAACUCGCAUUGAUGGAAGUGAACAAAGUUUGACAGCUUUUACCAACGACUUAUCUGGCCGCUUCGAAAAUGCACCGUCUUUCUCGACCGAGUGUUUCUACCUCACUGCUUGGGCACUUCAUCUCGGUUUCGUCUCGAGCAUCCGCAAAUAUCGACGUCGCCAAAGAGUCAUCUCUGACCUCGAUCGCAGUAUUAGAAAGCUCGACCAAACUCUUAAACACGCCGUCGCCAACGGCUAUCCAGAGGAUCACAUUCAUCGCUUGGAACGCAUGUUGAAGCAAGCCAAGCAGGAACUUUCCUGUCAGCAGCGUGCUAGGUUCUGCAGUGAGACCAUCCUGAUGCACGUUAAUCUUCUGCAGUCGGUCUCCCGUUACUAUGGCUCACUUUGUCAAUUUCUAAUGCGUCUUGCUGAAUGUGAUCCAGUAACCUGUGUCUCCGCUAGUCAAACAACACCGAAACUGUUUGCAUUCCUCCCCGAGUUUUUCGUCGAAGACAUCGCAGAUUUUUUGCUAUUUAUAGUAGGCCACUUUUCCUCAGCAGUUGGUUCAGUGAUUGAUGCUCAAAGUUUCCCUGCACUCGCUAGUUUCCUGCUCUUUGUGAUUUGCCACUCAAGCUUCAUCCGGAAUCCAUACUUGGUGUCUAAAUUUGUCGAGAUUCUCUCCUUCUGGAAUCCAAUGCGUUCGGGUUCGCGUAAUUCGUAUAAUGAUUUGGUGAAAGUCCAUCCCCUUGCCAAUACUCACUUAGUUAAUGCACUCAUUCAGUUUUACGUCAACAUCGAGUCCACGGGUGCUUCCAGUGAGUUUUAUGACAAAUUCUCCAUUCGAUUCAACAUUUCUGUAAUCUUCAUAUCUCUGUGGAAGGAAGGCUUUCUUAAACCGCGCUUUUUGCAGGAAGCCAAUGGGAAUCCAAUGCUGUUUACGAAAUUCACCAACCGAAUGAUUAACGACAUGUCAUUUUUGUUAGAAGAGGCACUUGAUGGUCUUAAAAAAGUGAAAGAGUUGCAGGCAUUAGAAACUGACAAUAACCGCUCAAAUCGCCUUACUCGACAGCAGCAGAUGUCGUCUGCAAACGAAUUGGCAACUUAUGAGCGACAGGUCCGUUCCUAUCUUACCCUGGCUAAUCAGACCGUGAAUCUCCUAUUUAACCUCACUACUGAAAUAAAAGAACCAUUUCUUCGGCCUGAAAUUGUUCGCAAACUUGCUGCAAUGCUUGAUUUCAAUUUGGUUCAACUCUGUGGCCCUCGUUGCAAAAACCUGAAGGUCCGCAAUCCUGAGUCAUACGGAUGGGAGCCGAAGCGUCUGCUAUCACGAAUUAUUGCCAUUUACACACACCUAGACACCGACGACGACCGCUUCGCCACCUCCAUUGCUGAUGACGAGAGGAGCUACUCGCCCGAGCUUUUCACUGCAACCCAGGAGCUCGUGGCGCGCCACGGGAUCCAGUCUCCCGAGAAGUUGGCCCAAUUCUCUGCCCUUAGCGAAAAAGUUAAGAGGUUGAGGGCAGAGAAGAGUCAGGCGGAGAUAAAUUAUGGUGACGCACCUGCAGAAUUCUGCGAUACUCUUAUGAAUACCCUUAUGUCCGAUCCUGUGAUGUUACCCGGUUCGCGAUCAAUUGUCGAUCGCAGCACUAUUAUUAUGCAUUUACUUAAUUCUGAGACGGAUCCCUUCAAUCGUCAACCAUUAUCUGAAGCUGAUCUUAUCCCUUGUAAGUUUGCGCAUUCUAGCCUACCAGCACACUCCCCUAGUUCUAAUUCCCGUUUUAAUUACCAUUAA